AUGCCAGGCGAAGUCUUGAUCGGCCGAAUCCACAACGAAUGCCAUCAUAUCUUUCAGAUAUUAUUGGAUCAAAAAGCGUGCCAUGCGUUACUCAACUUUCGCAGAGCCGCGUCUUACAUUGCAGCUUGUAUGUACUACCUCAACAGAUCUCGAUUGUCACAUGUGUGGACGUUCAUGAAAUUUUCAAGCAUUCACUAA